GAAGGCCCGGCAGGAAGGCUGACGUGUCCCGCCGGGACUGCCGGCCUGCGCAUGCGAUCCCAUCCGCCCGGCAGCGCCAUGGAGGAAGAGGAGGCGGGCGGGGACGGCCCGUCCGUGCUGUUCCUGCACCCGGACCUGGGCCUGGGCGGCGCGGAGCGGCUGGUGGUGGACGCGGCGCUGGCGCUGCGGGCGCGGGGCUGCCGGGUGCAGAUUUGGACGGCGCACUACGACCCCGGGCGCUGCUUCGCGGAGACGCGGGGGCUGGCGGUGCGCAGCGCGGGCGGCUGGGUGCCGCGCUCCCUGUGCGGCCGCGGGCACGCCCUGUGCGCCGCCCUGCGCAUGGCCUGCCUGGCGCUGUACGUGCUGCUGCUCAGCGGGGAGAGCUGCGACGCCUUCGUCUGCGACCAGGUGUCUGCUUGCAUUCCCAUACUUAGACUGGCCAGAACCCGUAAGAAGGUUUUGUUUUACUGUCACUUUCCUGACCAGCUUCUGACCAAGAGAGAAUCUUUCCUGAAGCGUCUCUACAGAUGGCCACUCGACUGGCUGGAAGAGUACACGACUGGCAUGGCAGACUGUAUUGUUGUGAACAGCAAGUUUACUGCCAGCGUGUUCAAAGACACAUUUAAGUCCCUGUCUCACAUAAACCCAGAUGUCCUCUACCCAUCACUCAACAUCAAUAGCUUUGAAACAAUCGUUCCUGCAGACAUAGUUGACCUGAUACCGAAAAAGAAGUUCUUGUUUCUUUCCAUUAAUAGAUAUGAGAGAAAAAAGAAUCUAGCAUUGGCUCUUGAAGCUUUGCAUGAACUUCGAGGAAGACUUGAUUCUCAUGAGUGGAAUGAAGUUCACCUGGUUAUGGCAGGUGGUUAUGAUAAACGAGUUCUGGAAAAUGUGGAGCACUAUGAAGAGCUGAGGAGACUUGCAGCCAAGCUUGGUGUUAAUGAGCAUGUGACUUUUCUGAGAUCGUUCUCAGACGAACAGAAAAUCUCCCUUUUUAGUAACUGUGUAUGUGUGCUUUAUACACCAAGCAAUGAACAUUUUGGUAUUGUCCCUUUGGAGGCAAUGUAUAUGAGAUGUCCAGUUAUAGCAGUUAAUUCAGGUGGUCCUUUAGAAUCAAUCUUGCACAGUGUUACAGGAUUUUUGUGUGAUCCUCAACCAACCGAAUUCGCUGAAGCAAUGGAAAAAAUUGUGAGAGAUCCUAUCUUAAAGGACACAAUGGGAGCAGCUGGGAGAGUGAGAGUUAUGGAAAAGUUUUCCUCAGAAGCUUUCUCAGAACAGCUGUACCAAUGCAUUUGCAAAUUAACAGAAUAAAAUUAUAUUCCUAUAUUUUACAACUUUGUAUCUCUCAUUUGUGUAGGCGACCAGUAUUCAUUGUGACUAUGAUGAAGAACCAGGGAUGUCUGAAUUUCCUCAUUGUGCUGCUUAUGCUGCCUUAUGUCAUUUGACACAAAGAAUGAGCAAAACAUGUAGCACUGUCUCAUUAGAAGGUUAAAUUUUUCAUGUGGUACAUUGAUCUGCCAUUGCAGGAGUUCUUUUGUGUACUGUGCCUUGGAAAAAUGCGUUGUUAGAUGGCAGUAACUUACUAGGAAAUUACUGCAUGUUUUACUUUAUUACUAUAUGGUAUGGUAUGGCUAACUCAAUUUCCAAAAUGUAGAUCUGUACAGAUAAGACAGGCACAGCUUUAUGUAUUUAAAAUGUUCAUCAGUAAUUCCUAAAGAGUUGUCUCAGCCGACUUAAGGAGAGAAUUGCACAGUCCAACCAGCUGCGCGUUUUAAAAAAUGAACAUUGUUAGGGAUAUGAAUGGUAUGGCUUUAAAAUGAUUACUGUACUUGUGAAAUUGCAUUAUGUAGUCACACUGGGUGUCAUAAAAAAAACAUCCAGGUGUGUGAGCAGAAGGAAGUUGAGACUAGAGUAACAGCAAGGAUAUCAGACUACCUCAAAACGUUAGUGCUGAUAUUCUGUUUCUUUGAUAUCUGCAGUGCUUAAAGAUGUAGUUUUACUUUGAGAGUUUCUGGUUUGUAGAGACUGAAAUGAUAUCCCCUAUAUUUAACAUUUCAUUUUUAACGGCAGCACACUUUUGUAAAGGUCCUAAUCUGGAACGGGCAAUAAAGACAUUUUAUUUUGCCUAAUUUAGUGGUAACUUGAGGCUCUCCUAAUGCAGUGAGUGCACAUGUGACAGUAAUGUGUUUGGUUUUUUUCCUCCCAAGUGUAAUAGCUGGUCUGGGGCAAGGAAUAUCUUCAUUUAUUUUUUUUUCCAUCUACCUCUCUUCUAGAACAUCUUUAUUAGUUGGUUGUUCUGUUUGUUUAUGACAUACUUACAUAAUCCGCACAGUUGAAUUUCAAGUCUGAAAAUAGAUUGAGUUUCCUCAUUCUUUGAAAUCCAGCGUUAUCUAUAAAAUACAAUUUGUAUCUGAUAUGAAACACAAUUUGCAAUCUGCAAUUUCUAUUUAAGGUAGUUUUGGGCAUUUCUGCAUUUAGUACUUUACAACAGAGAGACCAUUCUUUCUGUUACUUAGGACUACAACCCAGGUCUUAGUAUAAUUCUAAGGCCUUUAUUUGAAGUAAA